UUGAAGAGUGGCAUGACAUCGAGAUUGGUUUCAAUUUUUGACGUUUUCAAACAAACUUUUGAUGUUUUUAAUCUGUUUUAAUCGAUGAGUAACCUGUGGAAACAGAAUAUAUUUUUUUAUACGGAUUUUAGGCUAUAGGCGUUUUUUUAUUUAUUUGAAUUUUCGAAUCGAACCAAAGUGAUUGAAAAUGACGGAACCAGUUGACGAUGCCAAUAAUACAAAACUAAUUGCUCUGAAGAAAUUCUUUAUUUUCAACUCAAAAUACGGAUCGACCGAAGGAGAGGAGAAAAAUAAAAUAAUGUUCUAUCAUCCGUCCGAAAAUGAACUGGACACGAAAAUCAAAGACAUUGGACUGUGCGAAGCAAUUGUGAAAUUUACCAAUACUUUCACGGCAGAUGAGAGCGUUUAUUGCAUGAGGACACAAAAGACACUACAAUUGUUCUACAAACCUGAGCAUGAUUUUUGGAUGAUGAUGAUUCUCAAUGCACCUUCAGAGCGUAAGACACGAGAUGAUUCCGAAUACACGGAAUAUCGUUGUGAAGAUGCCCAUGAAAUCGUUUACAGAGAGGUUCUGAAGCAAUCUUACUAUAUGUUUCGUCUAUUCAGUGGAACAUUCAUGGAUAAUUUGGUCGGCGACAACGAAACCCAACAAGUUGAACAUCUCAUAAAUAAAUUGAGCAAAUUCUAUUCAAAAUAUGUUGCAACGUUGAAGACUCGCAAUUGUGAUAUUCUAGACAUUUGCCGCAGCAUUCAAUAUUUGCCACUAAAUAAAUUCCAGUUCCUUCGGGUUCACAAUUUUAUACAAAUGAUUGAAUCCACCUUUGUCGCAAUAAAACAUUGUAUAUUUCUGUUCAACGAGCAAUUAGUGUGGAGUGGAAUCAAUCCAAGCGAUUUGUAUUCGAUAUACGAGUAUUUGACUGGGCUGUUGUUUCCAAAAUGUUCAGCCGAUGAUGUUCGCGGUGGAUCAUUGACACGCAACUAUUCGAAUGGCCUGGAUGCGCAGUAUGGAGCGUAUUUGGCUGGGCCAACACAUCAGGGUGAUAACUGCAAAAAACCGCCAACCGUUUACAUUUGCAAUAAUGGAGAGUGCCAAGUGUACAAAAUGAUUGUUUAUAAUGCGCUCAGUGGAACUUUAUGUUUGUUUGUUAAAGAUAAAAGUGCGCUAACAAAUGAUUUCUACGAGGAAUUGCAUGCGUUUAUUGGGCCUCAAUUAACAAAUAUUGCAUCGGACAUAGCUGAGAAUUUAACCAAAGACAAUGGAAAAACAUCAUCAUUGAUCUGUACAUCAACAUCGUCUUCAAUUGGAAAUGCCAAUGCCGAUGAAUCAACGACGCAAACGACAAAAUAUUUAUUUUUCAACGAAUUAAAUUUCCAGCACAAUGGUAGCGUGCAUCUCAAUCAGAAGUUGUAUAAGAAGAAACGAUCGAUUCCACGUGAAAUAAUGAAUUUACUAAAUGACCUCUACAUCCAAGACGCAAACACAUCGAAUUCGAGCGAAAUUAUUGUGAAAACAUUGAGUGACUAUUGGAUUGUUAAACGGUCGACCAAUUGGCGCCACUCAUUUGUAAUAUUCAAUAAAAACGCUACACUAUUGGACAUCGCCGAAGAGGCAAACAAAAUUUUCGACACACAUUUAAACGAUGUCUUUAGUCAUAUUUAGGAAAUUUGAAAAGAAAAUUGCAUGCCUAAAAGAGAGAAAUAAAAAAAGAACAAAAAACAAUUCAUCCAUAGUGCAUAAGCGAGUAUUUAUCGACUGGAAACUAAUCGAUUUUAUAGAACAAAAACAACAAAGAGAAAAAAACCAAAACCAUAAAUAAAAACGUUCAAUUGUUUUUGAAAUUGUUUCAUAUUUAUUUAUCCUCUUUAAAUUAAUAUAAAAUUAAAUUAUUGUUUUUUUUCACAUUUAAAUCAUAAUUUUUUGUGAUAUUUUCUCCUAAUAGUGCUUUGAAAGGAUUGAAUUGCUUGCUUUUGUUUUUGUCGUCCGAUCGUUUUUCCGUAGAAAGAACGAGAGCCAAAUAUGUAUAUUACCCGGAAUGGAAGAAACAAAAUUUUUAUUUUACGAGAAAAAAAAACAAAUAAAUCAUUGAAUCAGCAAAUUGUCUCCUAAUCUGGGGUGAGCGCGAGAGAUAGAGAAAAGUUGUGUGUGUUUUUGUGUGAGUGAAUUUGAGUGUCUAUAGGGGGGGGGGGGGGGGGG